AUGUCCGUCGGAUUAGUAGUACCUCUUCCCGCCUACACCCUGGAUCCGGCCUUCUUCGCACGCAAGGCGGAAGAGCUGGGUUUUGAGUCUCUCUGGUAUCACGAGCAUCCAAUUUUGCCGGUGAAGAGCGAAAGCCCGUUCCCUGCCACGGGUGGCGAAAUCCCCUGGACUUAUGCUCACUUCACCGAACCCUACAUCGCGCUCGCCAUGGCCGCGGCGGUGACCGAGAGAAUCAAGCUCUGUACCGGCAUUACCCUGUUGCCCGAGCGCAACCCGCUGAUUCUGGCCAAGCAAAUAUCGGUGCUGGACCUGCACAGCCAAGGGCGCUUCGUUUUCGGCAUCGGAGCGGGUUGGAAUCGGGAAGAAACCACGAUGAUGGGCGGUGACUUCGACCACCGCUGGACCCAGGCGCGGGAGGCCGUGCUGGCACUCAAGGAACUUUGGACCAAGGAUGAGGCCGAAUUCCACGGCAGGUACUACGACUUCCCACCGGUCUAUAUGAACCCCAAGCCCUACCAGAAACCCCACCCGCCGGUGCUGUUGGGCGGAAACGCUCGCAAUGUGCUCCAGCGAGUUGCACGCUGGGCCGACGGGUGGUUGCCAAACCGUGCCACUCCCGAAAUGGUCGAAGGAGGCCGAAAACAGUUGGACGCCCUGGCCGGAGAGUAUGGACGAGCUCCAGAGUCCCUGACAAUUUCAGUAUUCGGCCAGCCCCCUGAUACUACUCGCCAGCAGGUUGACGACUUCCUGAAUGCGGGGGCAUUGCGGGUUUCGGUGUGGCCGCAGCACUGCGACACCGAGGAAGAGAUGGGAGAGCAGAUCGAGCGCAUGGCGGAGCGGUUGAUGCGGUAG